AGGAGUAUAGUAUAUUUCUUGUAUUUCAGUAAAAAUGGUGAAUUUUGUGAAACUCUGAAGCAGCUCUCAUAAUUUUUAAGUAAUUCUUAUCUUUCUUAACAUAUCUCGUACUAACAUUGCCCAAGAUGUCGAAGUGGCAAUCGGAACGCAGUAUCCAUGAGAUGUUGAAGGACACUCCACCACUGCGGGAAUCUAGUGACUCCAUCACAUCUGGCACGGAGCCCAACUUUCCUGCCUCACGAUCUAUGACAUUCCCACCAGCCUAUGCACCACCGGACGUUUCAGCAGGCGCAGGCGCGGGGUCGUUGCUCCGCGCGGGAGGCUCGCGUCUCGACUCACUGCGCUCCUGGUCGCUCUCCACGUACAAGUGCACCAAGCAGCUGCUCUAUGAGAAACUGGGGAAGACCUCGCGCACUGUGGACACUGAGUUGGAGGCGCAGAUCGAAGCGCUUCGGGAAACGCAGCGCAAAUACGCAGGAGUAUUGCGGUUGAGCUGCGCGUUGACUGCGCAGUUGGCCGCCGCAGCGGCCACGCAGCGGCAGCUCGGCGACGCCUUCGCGGAGCUCGCGCAGCGCUCGCCCGAGCUGCAGACACAGUUCCUAUACAACGCGGACACACAGCGCGCGCUGACGCGGCACGGCGACACGUUGCUCGCGGCGCUGCACUUUUUCAACAACUCGCUAAACACGCUCACCAACAAAACCAUGGAGGACACGCUGCUCACUAUACGACAAUACGAGGCGGCCAGGGUGGAAUAUGACGCGUAUCGCAGUGAACUGGAAGCGCGUGGCGGGAACCCGCCAUCUUUACUAUUGGCCAGUAUCGAGCGACAGCGGCGGGCUUACGAGCGGCUGAGGGACGACUCCGCCGUCAAACUGGCGCUGCUACACGAAAAUAGGGUGAAAGUGAUGAACAAGCAACUUCUCCUGUUCCACAACGCCGUAUCGGCAUACUUCAGCGGCAACGGCGCGGCGCUGGAGGCCGCCGUGAAGCACUUCAGCAUCCACGCGCCGGCGCCGCCCGCGCCCGCGCCGCUCCCGCCGCUGCCCUCCCUGCCCUCGCUGCCAGCCGGCGUCGCGCCCACUGCGCUCACCCCGCCCGCCCCGCACCCGGCACCCGCCCCCGCCGCGCACACAUCGCCGAGGUCCACGUAAAGAUAACUCUUAAAUCAACGGCAUAAGGUUCUUAGUUCUGGGGUCUCAGCUCCUCCGCGCUAACUUGCAAUCUACGUAAAAUAAAAUUUUAUUUAAAGUGUAAGAUCCUAUUUAACAUUACCGCUGGUAUCGCCGCUUCGAUGCCACCCCGACCACGUUCAAAGUCUUAUACUAUACUAUCCGCAAAACUAAGUGGCGAGUCUAGUCAUAAAGCUAUCUCUUUCACUCUUGGUUGGUCUUAACAAGGGUAAAGGAGAUAGCAUUAUCCUUCUGUUCCUGUCUCCAUCUUUAGAUCAGCUCCAUGGUACCAUAAUAUUGCAUUCCGACUUACAUACAUAUGCAAAUGUCAAAUUAAACUUGCAAGAUUUGACCCGUACAUACAUAGUUACAUUGCAAGUUAAUAAAAAGCUUGUAAAAAGAUUUUACACAUUUUAAUUGUACAUUAACCAUAGCUGUGCCUCUUCGUUUGAGUUUUUUCGAUUGUUUUAUUAUUAUAGGAGUUAGGAGCGAAAAACAAAUCCCAUACAAAAUUUUAAAAAAAUUAAACGAGCGGGCAUAGCUAUAGUCAAAAUAAAUCAAAUAGCGUAAAAAUGUUUUCUAUGAUGUUAAUAUCCAGAGAAGAAAAUGGGGACUAUGUUUGUAUGGAGAAGCGGUCGUCCGCUUUCAUCUCUAUGCGAUAAUGUUUACCGUCUUUCGGCCCUAUUUUUAAAUUUUUACUAAAGUACACUCAUGUUGAGGAUAGCGACGACAUGUAAAUGAUUGUGAUUUUGACAUAAGGUAAGAAUAAGAAUAAAAAAGAAUAAAGAUCAUUUAUUUUCAGCUAAAGGUUACAGACAUUCCAGGGGUCUCCGCACUAGGCAGUGCCUGUAUCGCGGGGAACCAAUUAUAAUUUAAUUAUUUUUUAAUUUUAGGUCUAAUUUGUUUUGGCCUGUGUCUUAACCUAAUUUAGUUAAACCUACACUUUGUAGAUUCUUCAAAUGCCCAACAUUAGCAGUUAGCUUUAACUUUGUGGAAGUGUCCAAAGCCCCAAUAAAAACCAGAUAAAAAAAACUGGAAGAUUAGACAAAGGUACAACAUUCAAUUAUGUGUGUGUAACAUAUUGCGCAAGAUGUGAGCCAUGAUUUCACAAGAAAACUUCAUAUGAGUAUUUAUAAAACUAGAAUUUAUUACAGCGUCGCUAUUAUAGUUUGACAAAGGACAGUCUCAUUUCAAACAUAGACAGAGAGACUCAUACUAUCUUUGUCUUACACUAGUACUAGCACCCAAAAGAAAAGGAUGAGUAUAGUUUUUUUGUUCUUAUUUACUGCCAAUUUGGUUUGACCAACUAUAUAUACUUUACUAGGGACACUAGGGUAUAUGUGCCGUUCCACAGGUAAAGUAACCUAUGUAACUUUACUUUUGAGUGGCAUUAACAUGAAACACUUCAUUCGGUUCUUGUCUGUCUGAUUUAAUUUCUUGUCUUAUAAUUACUUAUAUAACAAUUCAAGUCUUGGAGACCCUUUACACCUCUAAGGAUAAUUUGAUGAUCGUUUUUUUUAUUUAUUAUAUAUAUUUUAUCUCUGACACCUAGAGACUUUUACAUCUCUAAACCAUUUUAGUAAUUGUCUGUUGUUUGUAUAUUUUUAUUAGUUUUUUUUGUGUAAUUCGACAUUUAGACUGGAUACAUCUCUAACAAAGUAUCUAAUAUUUCAUUGAUUCCAUAUUUAUAAUUGUUUUUUGUAAAUUUUGGUUAAUUGUAUUGCUUGUAAAAAUUGACAUGUAAAAGUGCCCCUGUGGCCUAUUUGCUGAAUAAAUGUUUGAUGUUUGAACGGUACCUAAUGGCGGUCAACGCUUACUUCGCGUAGCACCGCAUUAAUAUUGGAGCAUCGUUAGUAAUAGCCUAAGCGCAAACCGCCAUAAGGUACCUUUACCCGUGGAACGUCACAAAUUAUAAUUAUAAAUUAUCAACUUUAAACUGCAACCAAUUGACUGUAUACAAUCUUCCUUCUGAGCAUCUUAUUACCAAUCCCUUGCUGUUUUACAAUGUGAUGAGACUGAUGAGAUGGAAACAGAUGUGUCGUACAAAUCGCGGCGUAAAGUUUCAAGAGGUAAAAAAUAUUAGUAACAACAUGACAUAAGUAAUUGAAUCCCCAGCACUGCAAAAAAUGUCUGCACUGUAAUGUUGUAAUAGCUAUAAUUGUAAGUCUUGCCAGGGGUUUGCGUGUGCGCUUGAGGAGGGGUUGUCAGCGUAAAAAAAUGAGACUAAUAAAAAAAAACAUUAAAGGUACUGCAGAACACCAAAUCGUCUUUACUGCAAUGUUUGUUGUGCUGACACCCUCCAUUGACUACUUUUAAUGAAAACACUUGCCGAUAAUUCAUUUAGAUCUGAUUACUUAGCAUAUGACCUUUAGUGUUCAUUCAGGCAUUUAUUGCUUUUACGCUUGCCUAGAGUACAUUUGUGUACAUAUAUUAAAAGAUUUUUUAAAUUACAUUUCCAAUAUUUUUAUAUAAUAAUAGUAUUAAAAAAUCAUUAUAGUGUUAACAGACAAUGGUAAUUGUUUAGCUCAAGCUUGUCCUUCCUUCACAUUUUUAAGAUGAGCUUUUCAGCCCAAAAGAGGGUUUACAAACUCAUACGUGUGUUUAAAAAUACAAUUAUUCAAGAUUGUCAUAUCCAAAGAUAAAAUUGUGUAAUCUAGCAUCUCUAUAUCCAUGAUAUUGUAUUCUUAAUAAGUUAGUUGAGAGUUGUUAGCUGGAGCAGGCCUUAUUAUUAGUGUGAAUGUCCUUUGCCAACAACCAUACUCGUCUCAUUGGGUGGAUUAUUGGCAAUGGAGAUGUAUACACAUACAUGAUAUUGUGAUCUGUGAGCAGAACUGACAAUACAAGUGAAAGUAGCUGAGUACCUAAGUAUGAAAGUAUUUUGAAUAGCUAGUCAACCUUAGUUUUAUUACUUGUAUGUAAAUUUACUUAUUUAUUACCAAUUAUUUUAGAGAAAUUUUCUUAAUAUUUAAGUUAAAUGCAUUUAUUAUUUAUGGAGUGUAAAAUAGAUCUAUUGAAUAAUAAA